AUGGAUGAAAAGAAAUCAAAUGAAGGACUUUUAGGAGAACACAAUUCUACUUCAGAGAUAGAGUGUGCAGCGCGCUGUCAAAGAGACUGUAGGAUCUUUGGUUUCCACUCUCAAAUGAAGAAAUGCCGUACCCACAAGAAAAUCUUCACGUCGGGGGUGUCUAAUGAGGAUGGCUGGAGAUACUACUCACAUGUCUUUAUUCCAAUAGACUGUAAGGAUCUUCAAUCAGAUGGAUACUUUAAUUCAGGGGUGUAUAAAAUCUACCCCUAUGGUACCAUUACUAGUCCUGUCCAGGCGUACUGCGAUAUGACUACAAUGGGCGGGGGAUGGACGGCAAUCCAAAAGCGAAUUAAUGGAUCCCUGGACUUUGACAGGACCUGGACGGAAUAUAAAAAUGGUUUCGGCGCCUCAGAACAGGAUGUCUGGGUUGGAAAUGACGUUAUCCAUCAAUUAACCAAAGAAGGUACCUCAUCCCUGUAUGUGACCAUAACUCUACAGAAUAGUACAACGCUGUAUGAAAUGUACGACGGAUUCUCUGUCUCCGACGAAGCAGGAAAAUAUCAACUCUUUCUUGCAGGACCUGCCACGGGAACCUUGGGUAAGUGUAUCUACGUUAAUUCCUAAAGGUAUGUCGCACGUGAAAUUUGUGCAAUCAAGGAUUUUUUAGAAGUAUAUUUUAGAUAAGUUCUCAUAUAGUGUGACUCAAAAUUGCAGAAGAA